GUUUGUUUGAUCUGUCAAACUUGACAAGGGGUGUCAUUUUGCGAUAAAAAUAUGAUUAAAUAAAUGUUUUUUAAAAUCCCCGUGUUAAUUUUGCAAAAUGGGUGAAUCAGACGGUCCGAUUUUAUAUGUUCUGGUAAUAGGAUUUCAUCACAAAAAGGGUUGCCAGGUUGAAUUUUCUUACCCGCCCAUAGUCACCGGGGCCCCAAAUGAAUGCCCUGUGGGUUGGAAAUACUUGCCCACUUUAGCUUUACCUGAUGGAUCUCAUAAUUAUGAUGAAGAUACAGUUUAUUUUCACUUACCAAGCCUAACGAAUCCAAAACAAACUGUUUAUGGAAUAUCAUGUUUUAGGCAAAUACCAGUUGAAAAAAUAAAGAACAAAACAGAUGAUAUAACAAGAGGGACUGUACAAAAAUCUGUUUGCGUUUUAAGUAGGAUUCCUUUAUAUGGGCAAAUACAAGUUAAAAUGUGCCUAAUAACCCAUGCUUAUUUUGAGGAAGGUGAUUUUAGCAAAGUAUCCAUUCUUGAGGACACUUAUCAUCAUUUAAACUUGGUUUUAAUGCAAAAUGAUUUAUAUAAUCAAACCUUUGUUGGAUUAUCUGCAAGAGAUUUUGUUAUGCAAUGGAAACAUAAAGCAGUAUUGUUAUUUAAGUUACUUUUAUUAGAACGUAGAGUUAUUUUCUUUAAAUCUCCAGUGCAUCCCUUAUGUUCUACAAUAUUAACUUUAGUUUCCUUAUUUCCUGAAUUAAUUGAAAAAGGGUUGAGUCAGUCUGCAUCAACAAGGCUUUCAAGACCCAUGUCCCCCAUGCCUCAGUUCUCUGAUGAGGAUGUAACUCCUAACGAGAGCCCUAUUAAAGUAAAAAACAUAAACAUUCCUAUAAUGACUGAUAAUAAUGAAGAUGAUAUUAAAAAAGAUGAUAAAGCAAACAAAAACAAACAAUUAAUUGAAAAUUGCAAUCAAGAACUUAACGAUACGAUUGUAAGCACAGAACUGGGUUUAGAGCUAACUGAAUCACUAAACAUACCAGAAAAAGAAACCACCAUUGAGAAAAAUAAUAGUUUACGUAGAGAUUUUAGUGCAGAUGCAUUAAGUGAUGCUGUACAAAAUAAUAUAAACUAUUUGGCUCAUCUAAACAUUGAAUCCUGCGGGUUUCCCCUGCAAGUUUUCACCAAGGGUUGCCUAUGCUUGCCAUACCUAUCGCUACCAUACCUGGAUUUGCUCACAGACGUUAAUGUCAGAGGUUAUUUUGUUGGAGCAACCAAUGUUCUGUUCAAACAAAAAAAGCAGCUGUACGACGUUUUUGUCGAUAUAGAGGCUGGUAGGAUAGAGUGCCAGGAUUUAAAUUUAAGGAAGCAGUUGCAUUUGACAACUGAGGAUCUCAGAUUUGCCGAGUAUAUCGUCAAACAUGUUUCUGAUGAGAGGCAUGAUGUGUUUUUGGACGGCGUCGGUUGGGAAGGUGGGGACGAAUGGAUUAGGACCCAGUUUAGAAUUUACUUGUUGUGUUUGAUGAGAACUUCACUUUUACAAGAUGGGAGCAGGGAGAUAGAACAUUUCAAUUCGAACUUUGUUUCUGCGUGGCGUGAAACCCAUAAUUACAAAAUUUGGUUGAGUGGUAUUAAUCCGGGUAUCCUGGAUGUUCAUGCAGGUCACCCCUUUGCAGGUCAAUUGUCGGUGGCCGAUAUGAAAUUAAGGCUUGCGCAUACUAUGCAAAACACAGAAAGUGGGAGGAAAAUCAAUCAAGCAAUGGCAUCAACUGGUAGGGCAGUUGCUACUACCAGCAAAGCUGUGGGUGGCGCCAUAUCUCAAGCAAAAGGCGCAUUUUCGAGCUGGUGGAGCAACCUGAUGGUGAACCCCGAUCAGAACGGCAAACCCGAAAACGAAACCGACCCUUCGGAAAUACCGAGCGCCAAAGAGGCCGGCGAGCUGACGACGUACGUCGCUAGCGAUUCGACCUCGCCGAAAGAGGUCGCCACCGUGAACGGCGACCUGACAACGCAACACAACGACAAUCAGUCGGAAUACUCGAAAUCGCACGAAGAAGGUGAAGUACACACCGUAUGAAAUUAAACGGCAGGCGUCAAAUAGUUUUAGUUUAUAAACUAA